AUGCAGGCCGAGGUCGACCUGUCAAAAUGCACAGAUACCCUCACAGAACCACAUAUUUGGGCACUGCAUAUUCUCGAGGUAGUAUUGGCAGUGUUAGCAAUAAUCACCAACUGCAUCAUGACCGUAGUUACACACAAUGCCGUACCAGUACCGUAUUCUCAACGGCGAAUGCUGGCAUCCGUUUCGUUGAACUUCGUGCUGCUGGCUGGCUAUCAAUUUGCUAGAAAUUUAUUCUUUGGUGUUGCUCUAUACAAGCCAUGUUUUACCGUGGUGACUACAAUAAGUUGCAAGCUGCACGAGUUUCCCCUGCUUUUUUGCUAUAUUCAUGGUGCUGUGCUAGUAUGUAUCGUCGCUAUUCAAACACUAACCCCAAUGAAGCCAAAUCAUCAUUCAUUUCGCUGGACCUCGACAUGUUCAGUAUGGCAAACUUUCGAUCAUGACAUCGAACCGGAAAACAUGGGACAGUGCUCUAUUCUCUUGGCACUCCGUGAUCGUGACCUCGCCUUCUGUCUCGUAACUCUUUUGAUUAUACUCCAUUCUUCAUCCGUGGCUAUUAUAACUAUCUCAGCUCGUCGGCAAUCAAAUAAAAUCAGUUCGCUGGCAAGCAUGACUAUAUCGCUCAAAGAUGUCAGUUUGAUUGAAACUGUUAUUUGGCUUUGCUCGCUAUUUUUCUCUGGUUGCUUUGUACUAUAUCGACAUGUUGUAUCGGAUAAUUGUGAAGAGUGCAUAUUGAUAGCUCUUGAACUGUCUUUCAUAAUUCUACCGCUUGCUAUAGCCUUCCUUCAUCCGUUGUUGAUAAUUUGGUUUGUCUUUCCAAUGCGAGAUGCUGCCGUCAGAGUAUAUCCCUUUCUUCGUUCAAUCCUGCCAGAAUACGCUAUGGUACCUCCACCACCUGUAGCGAGAAGAACAUCAACAAAACCAGUGAGUCCACCAACGGACAUAAUCUCAAGUGAGACGGACCUCCCACAUCGACAUUCAGUAACGGUUACACUGCCAGAGAAGGAAGAAAUCGCCGAAACAAGCUUUCAAAUGGAUAAGGUCUAG